AUUCCAGGGUGCAUACAUUGCAUCUGAUAAUAUGAAAAAAAAAAUUAAAUAAAUAAUUUAAAUACAUUUUUUUUUGUCAUUUCGUUUAUUGUUAUUUUAUUUUUCCAAAUAAAAUAUUAAAUUACUUUUUUUGUUUUGUUAUUACUAAAAUAAAGAUAACGAUAUUUAAUUAUUUUUCAUAUGACUUUACUUGAUGAAUGAUGACUCACACGUUGCUGCUUGCUGCCUGGGUGUGGUGAAAAUUGAAAAAAAAAAACAAACAACAACAACAACAACAACAACAACUUGCAAAACUACAGACAGAAAGGAGAAAAAAUAAAUAUUAUUUAUAUUGUUAUUAAACACAUAAUUAUUUAUAGUUUAAUAAAUGGAUGAAAAGGAAGAAGGUGAAAUAUCACUUGAUGAUAUAAGUGAUAUUUCAUCUGAGGAUGGAAGAUCUUAUAGACACCCAUCAUCUUGGGAUUCAUCUAGAAGAUCCAGGUCACAUACUAAACGAGAUUCAGCUCAUGGAAAAGAGAAUCGUCGUCAUGCACGUGAUGCAGCUGCUGCUGCUGCUGCAGCAGUACAACCAGUUAAAUAUACAAUGCCAACAUUGCAUGAAAAAAAUGAAGAUCUUUUGUUAAUAUCAAGUGAUGAAGAUCUUGAAAUAGUAUGUGUACCAGGUAGUUCACGACAAGUUGUUGUACAAUCAUUUAAAAAAAAACGUAAAAAAAAAAAGAAAAAAAAAGCUGGUAAUGGUGGUGGUGGUGAUUUUAAUUUUUCAAUAAAUGAUUUUGUAUCAGUUAAUGAAGAUGAAAAUGAAAGAAUUGUUGAUCAUACUAUAGCACAAAAAAUAUUAUCAAGACGUAGAAGAACACCAAGUCCAAUACAUAAACGUAAAAGAUCACCACCAGUAUCAAGAACAAAUGAUUAUCAUAAAUCAUCUUAUCACAGAUCAUCAACAAGAUAUUCAAGAUCACCAUCACCAAAAAGAAAAUCACCAAAACGUCAUAAAUCACCUAAAAGAACAUCACCACCAGCACCAGUACCACCACCACAACCACCACUAGUACAACCACCUGUAUCAUCAACAAUAACAACUGGUACACUUGAAAAUAUUAAUUAUCAUAAAAAAAAAGACAUAACAUCAAAUCAUACACCAAAAGAAGAUAAUUAUGAUGAACAUUAUACAUCAACUUUAUUAAAAAAAGUUAAACAUUUAGAUGCAGUUGGUUCAACAUCACCAAAAAAAACAAACAAACAAAAAGAAGUACCAUCAUUAAAAGAUAAAUUAAAUAACAUGAUGAAAGUACAUACUGAACCAAUUGUAAUACCUGAAAAUAAAUUGAACGAUGUUAUUAUUAUUAAAGAAGAACCAAAAAUUAAACAAGAAAUUUCAGAAUCUGUUGGUUCUGAAUCACAAAAUAUUAAUGAUACUGAUAAAAUAACAACAGCAACAACCACAACAACACGUGUAACGACAACAGAAAAUAAUCAACAAGAGAAUAAUAAUAAUAGUAGUAAUAAUAAUAACAAUAACAACAUUGAUGAUAAUGAUGAAGAAGAUUUAGAAUUACGUAUGAUUGCAUUACGUUCAGCAGUUAUGAAUAAACAUCAAAAUCGUGUUAAAAAAGGUGCUGCUGCUAAAAAAUCAAAAUCUCAAAAACGUGAUGGUAGUCCAUUUAGUGAUAGUUUUUUUGAUCAUGAUAAUAUAAUUGAUAGUGAAAAUGAAAUGUCAGUUGGACAUACACAAACAACAAAUAAUCAACAAGCUGAAGAUAUGGAUAUUGAUAGUGAUGUUGAACGUGAAAAAAUUGAUAUUUAUUCGCCAAGUGAUUCACCAACAUAUUCACCGUCAUAUUCACCAUCCUAUUCACCAUCCUAUUCACCAUCAUGUUCACCACCUUAUUCACCAACUGAUGAUGUUAUUCCCCUUGUAUCAAUUGAUACAAGUUUAUUAACACCUAAAAGUCCCAUUAAUAAUUCAUCAAAAUAUAAUACACCAUUUGAUAAAUCUGAUAAAACAAUUAAAAAAAAAUUAUCAUUUAAUGAAGAAUUAAUAAAAAAUAGUUGUGAUGAUAAUACAGAUGUACCAUAUUCACCAACAGAUAGUGCUAUUCCAUAUGAUGAAAUGAUAACUCCACCAAAAAAAUUAAUUACACCAAUACAACCACCACCGGCAAUACCAGCAGCAUUAAAUUUUUCUAAUAUAUCAAAUUAUCAUUCAUAUCAUCAAAAUGAUAGAACAUCAAUACCACUUGAACAAGAUCCAGUUGAAUUAAUUCCACCAGAAAUACUACGUGAAAUAUCAUCAUCACCAAAUGAUUUUCCAGUUAUUAUUGAUGAAAUUAUUAACAAUCAUAGUGAACAAAAAAAUACAUCAAUUAAAUCUAAUAUUGAUAAGCAAUUUAUUAAUUCUUGUGAUACUUUUUUGACAAAUAAUAUUCAAAAUAAUAAUUAUGCUGAUGAACCAUUGUAUCUUCAAGGUGUUCUAGAUAUAGCAAAAAACAUUAAUAAAAUUCCUACGUCAAUUAAUAAAUCAUUAGUUCCAAUGACAAUAUUAAAAACAAAUAAAAAUUUACAACAGCCUUUGCCAAUUAAAAAAUUAAAACCAAUACCAGAGCCAACAUUUAAAAGUGCUGAAAUGCAGGUAGUUAAUAUUGUUAAUGAAAAAAAAAAUUCACAAACAAAUGCUAUUUUUAAACCAAUUAAACUUCAACCGGUUGUUAAAAAAACAACAUUUAAUCCAACACCAGCUAGUGCGUUUGAUGAUAUAAGUAUUGAUGAUUUUCCAAUUGAUGAUUUGACAACUCAAAAUUACAAUGAUAAAGAUGUUAUCAUAACAAAUGAGUGUACAAUUGUUGAUGAUAAUUUUCGAGCUACUGAAAAUAAUUAUAAUAGUACAAAAAAUAAUAAUAAAUCUAUUGUAAAUAAUUUUGACAAUGACAAUAAUAUAGAUGCUAUUGUUGUUAAAAAUAAACAAAAAAAUUUAUUGAUAAAUAAUAAAAAUAUAAUUGAUAAAGAUAAUCAAGAAAAUUUUGAAAAUAGUGAAGAAAAAUUGAGAGAAAAAUUGGAAUUAAAAAAAAGAAAAAGAUUAUCAAAAAGUGAAUUACAAGCUGAUGAUGAUUUGAAUUAUAAAAAAGAUUCAGUACCUGUUGAAGUGAUUGACAAUGAUGAUAAAUUGAAUAAAGAUAAAAGACGAAGAUUAAGUAUUGAAGAUGAUGAAGAAGAGCUACGUGCAUUAUUAUUGGCUUCUUUAUCAAAACGUCCAAAAGUUACUGAAAAUAUAGUGCCAAUAAAAUUGCCAGAAGUUCCACAAAUUAUUGAUGAUGAAAGUACAAAAAAAUCAGCAACAAUAGUUGAAAAUUCAUUCAAAAAUACAAAAAUUGUAUCGCCUUCUGGAGAGACUGUGCUUCCUCCAGCCAAUUUAACAACUGUAUCAAAUAGUGCUGUAAAAAUUGUUGAUAAACCCGUUGUACCACCAGCAGCACCAGUUGUUGCUGAAAUUAAAAAAACAAUUAAUGCAAAUGUUAAAAAAGUUAUUUUACCAACAGUUCCAACAAAAACUAUUAAUAAUAAUAAUAUUAAAAAAAUAACAACGACAACUACAGCAACAACAACAACAACUAUUCAAAAUACUGUAAAUUCAACAAUUUCAACAAUGAGAAAUAAAACAAUAAACAAUGUAAGACUGACUGAAAAUAUAAGAUCUACAAGUCCAAAAUUACUAUCAUCAUCAAAAAAUUGUAGACUUGUGAUAAAUCUUGGUGAAGAUACUGAUUCAGAUACUGAUUCAGAGUGUUCAAAUAAUUCUAAAAAUACUGAUAAGACUGUUGUAAAUUUACCAAAGGAUGAUUUAACAAUUCCAACAACUGAUUUUGAAAAAAGUGUUGAAGCAUUUUUACGUGAUCAGAGAAAAAAAAUUGAGUCUAGUAUUCCGACUGAGCAAAGAGAUGCUUUUAAAAAAUUAUCAACAUCAAAAGUUUCAACUGGUAAAAAUUUAACUGGACUUGCACCAACACCUUUGGCUGUUAGACAUUUAUCAGCAUCACGUCAAGAAGAAUAUCGAAGAUUGAAACAACAAAUACUUGAUCGUGAGACAAAAAAAUUACAGAGAUCAUUAAAAAAUUUGGGUGAUAAAAUAAGUAAUAAUAUUGGUGCUGCGACAAUAACAAGUCCAUUAUCACCAGCAAGUCCAGGUAGACAAAUGAAUAAAUUAUCUCCAGCCAAGCCAGUAAAUAAUAAUAAUCAAAUUGGAGAAAUAAAAACAGCCAUUAAUUCAGAUGAAAGAUCAUCACAAAUUAAUUUAAUAAAUAAUACUGAAAAAUUGCCAAUUAAUGAAGUAUCAAAUGUUGAUAAAGACAAUGCUCAAGUAACUGAUAAGACUGGAGAGGAUAAUGCUCUGUGUUCAUUUGACAAAGCACCUCUUGAACUGACGCCAUCAUCAAUGGAACUUAGUGUUGAAAUUAUCGAUGAUAAUUCAUCGUCAACUAGCCAAAUGUCAAUGGAAAUAAAUAAACCAGUUGCCCCAAAAAUAUCUUUCUUGAAAAUAUUGACGACUGAACAAUUGAAUAAAAAAUUCGAUGAUAAAGUACGUUUAGAAAAAAUUAAUCAAGUACAAGUUGAUGAUAAAUCAAAUGAAAAUCAACAAAACAAAUUGACAAUUGAUCAAGCGGUGAAUUUAGAAGUAAAUACUUGUGAUGUUAAUACAAAUUCAAUAAUUGAAACAUCAUCAAAAAUUAUAAAACCAAAAUUAAUUUCAAAUGAAAUUGAAAAAAUUUCUCCAAUUGUCGAAACAUCUAAAAAAAUAACUCCAAUUGUCGAGACACCUGAAAAAAUAACUCCAGUUGUCGAAACAACAAAAAAAAUUACUCCAACUGUUGAAACAACAAAUAAAAUUACUCCAGUGGUCGAAACACCAAAUAAAAUUGCUCCAGUUGUCGAACCACUGAAAAAAAUUACUCCAAUUGUCGAAACACCAACUGAAAUUCCACCAGUUGUUUUGCCUUCGGUUGAGUCGAAUCAAGAAAAAAAUAAUACAAACGUGAAUCUAACGAUAACACUUGAUGACACUCUUGAUGAAAAUAUACCAAUGACAAAUAAAAUAACAGAACCUGUAAUACAACAAGAAGAAGUUAUAAAUUUACCAGUUAAAAAAUUAUUAAAUAAACAAAGAAAAAAUAAAUCACCAGCAAAAGAACUUUCAGAUAAAAUAAAAUUAGAUGUUAAAAUUGAAUUGGAAAAUUUAAAAGAUCUCAGUGAAGAUCUUAAAAAAGAAAAAUUAUCUUCAAUUGAAAAAGAUUUAAUUAAUAAUCGAAAUCUGGUUCUUAAUGAUUUGACCGAAUUAUCUGAGAAUUUAAAACAGUGGGACAUUGAACGUGAACUUCAAACAGAACUAACAGUUGAAGUACGUAAUCUUAGAAUGCAACUUAAACUUGCUGAAGAACGUUUACAAGAACAACGAACAAAAAUAACAAAAAUGGGUCCAAAAGUUGCAAAAGCACAUAAAACAAUAAUCAAUGGUCGUACAAAAUGUGUUAAAUUAACAAAACUUUGUCAAGGAAUUGGUAGCAGUGUUAUUGGUCCCCGUUACAAAGUACCAACAACUGGUGCACAACGAAUGGUUGACGGUUUAAAAGAAGUUGUAUUUCACACAAGACAAUUAUCAAAAAAAACAACACCAACAAACAUAUCAAAUAAAGAUGAUGAAGACAAUGAAGAUGAUAAAAAAGAUGAUGACGAAAAUCAUGAUAAAAUCAUAGAUAAAAAUAAUAAAUGCACUGAAGAUGUGUGUGAUGAUGAUGAUGAUGAUCAAUUGACUGAUGAUGUUAUUGAAGCCGUUGAAAUUAUUAAAAAUAAUUCAACUAUUAUUGAGGAUAAUUGUCGUCCAACUUGUAGCAGUACACCACGUAAUGUUGAAUUAAGAAAAAAUCAAUCAACUGUUGAUAAAAAAAAAAGUGAGACUGAACGAGUUACAUCGAAAUCAACAAUUUCUAGCACACAAGGAAAUUUUGAUCCAAAUGGAGUACUGUGUCCAUAUGAAUUGAUGGGGACAUGCAAUGAUGAUGGCUGUUCUUAUAAUCAUCUUGAUAAAAAUCGUGGACAAUAGCAACAAUGUUAACUAGGAUUUAUUUAUCAUACGUAAGGUGGUUCGAUUGUCUAAAUACCUGGGGGUGGGAAUUAUUUACUUCAUCGUUACUAUCUUCAAUCAUUUUUUUUUUAAAUUUAAAACAUUUUUUAUUUUCUUGCUUUAUUAUUUUUACUAUUUAUUUAUCUAUUUUCUAAUUUAUUGUAUUUAUUUAAUAGUCAUGAAAAUUAUUGACAAAAUUAUUUGUGAUUUAAUUUAACUGGAUAAUUAUGUCAAUAGUAAUUGGACAAUUAAAUUUAUACUGACUCAAGGCAUUCUACUUGCUUAACAAACUGCUUUCAACAAAGCUUAAUACUAUUUUUACCUUUUUUUUUUUUUUUUCUUUUGUUUUGUCUCCUUUGCAGACUCGAAAUGUGAAUAGACCACGACAACCUGAUUAAGUGUGGAUGUAAAUAUAUUAUUUAUAUUUUUUUUUUUUUAAAUCUUCCUACUCUUCGAGACUGGGGAAUCGUUGGACUGCCAUUCCUCUGUCUAGAUGGUAAGUUGUCAUCAAAAAUGAACCAAAAAAAAAAAAGAGUAGUUAAAUAUGCUUGACAAAAUAAUAUUACAAAAGUGUGGGCUGUGAUAUUAAAUAAACUUGUAUCCAAGGAUUUAUACAAGAAGAAAAAGAAAGUGACAUGAAUAUUUUUCAAAUUUAUUAUUCACUGAAUUAAUGCUUUUUCUUUUUCUACCAGAUUUACGUUAUCAUCCUCUUCACACUCAUUACUAGUUAAUUAAACAUUUUUUGUUUUUUUUUUUUUUUUUUAUUAUUUAAAUUUGUUAUACGAAAUUUUUUGAAGUUUUUUUUUUUUUUUUCUGUUGUAUAAAACAUAAAUUUUAUAUGAUUAUUAUUGGGUGUUAUAUACUGAAAAAAAAUUAUGAUUAUUUGAGUGAACAAUUGUUAAGUAUGGAGAAGAAAAAAACCAAGUGCUACAUGAGUGAAAAAAAAAAAAAAGAUAUAAAUUAUAAUUAAAAAUUAUUUUGCUCAAAUAUCAACUCGACAAAAUUCAUCGAUUUUUUAAAAAAAGAAAUUUGUCAUCAAUGCCUCAAGUACUUUGGCCAA